GUGUUUCACUCGUCUUGCCUCUGCAUGAGCAAUCUUGUCAUUCUUGAAAUUUCAACUUGAAAAUUCAAAAUUGAGAACGGUUGACCUCAUUGUUUAGUUUGAGAAACUUGCUAGUGGUUUCACAUGAGGGUUUCGAAAACAGAGAGAGAGUCAAGUUUUCUACAAGCACUAUCUACAUAUACAUAAUACUAUUUGACUAGAGGAAAAACAGACAAGAUGAACAUAUUUAACACUGUUAAAAGAAAAGACAGCACUAGUUGGCGUGAGCCUUCAGCUGUGGUGGAUUUGACCGAAGAUUCUGACGGUGAGGAGGGGAGAGCCUAUGUGCUAGACACUGAUGAAUCAGCCAGUGAUCUGAACGACAGCAUCGAAAAGACACACAGACGUGGCAAGGUGAUGGCCAUUCCUGACUCUGAUGAAUCCGCAGUCGAGGAACAAGAGGAUACACCAAAUGCAGACACUGAUGACUCGACUAAUGACGAUGGAGAUGAUAGCCUGAUUCCUGAAAUUGAAGAAGCAUCAAAUGACAACCCACAGAUAAGCCAGGACUCCGAAUCAUCAAAUGAUGAUCUUCAAAUCAGCCAAGACUCUCAACAUUCCAACUAUUUGAACUCUUCGAGGUCUCCCAGUGCACCGCAACAAGAUGUUAAGUUUAUGACGCCACCAACUCAAGCAUCUUCUCUCAAAACCUCCAGCAGCGUGAAUCAAGUUGGAAGUUACGCAGGGGCCAUCAAGAAAGAACGGUUCAGCCCUCAAUUCAAUGUUCCUGUCAUUCCAACCAAGCAACAGAGCCCUCCAACCUACACCAAGAAGGAAGAAAAUGAUGCUGAGAAAAGGGCUACAUUGACCCAAACUAUUUUAACAAAGAAGGAUCAAUUGAAAAGGCUUGAGAAAUUCGGCAACAACGAGGGAUACCUGUCUCUUCUUCCUGACAAGGGAGCAAAAGUUAACUCCCAAAUCACCUCCCUGAGGCUGGAACUGAGAAAACUCUACAAAUCGUUGAAAGAGAUGGGUGAAAUUUCUCCUCUUCAAGAGAAAAAAGUGGAGCCACCAAUCGCAGCCGCGUCCAACAUUGUGCCUUUUGAAAAUCUUCCUGUGAAGAAGGCCUACCAUAGACCUGAAGACUAUACUAUUGCUGAGGCGUUGACAGGUGAUGCUUUGAUCCAGUUGCAUUCUACUUUGCGAGAGAUGCCAGAGGAUGCUUCUGACGACGGACCUCAUGGAUUGGAGGUAGAGCUGCUCCCUCACCAGAAAAGAGCUCUGGCUUGGGCCCUUUGGAGGGAGUGCAAGCACCCUAAAGGCGGAAUUUUAGCGGAUGACAUGGGUCUUGGAAAAACUCUUACCAUGAUUGCCUUAAUUUUGCGAAGCAGGGAGCUGAUCAAGGACAAUGAGGAAAAUAUCACUGCAAGUCCUGGAGGCCUGAAGAAAGCGAAGACUCUGGUGGUCUGCCCUGCUAGUGUCCUGAAGCAGUGGGAGGCAGAAAUUGUUCAGCGUUGCAAGCCCCGAGCUCUUGUACCUUAUGUUUACCACGGAAAUUCAAGAGGAAUUUCUCUUAACAGGCUCUGCCGAGCUGAUGUAGUGAUCACUUCUUUUGCCAUUGUGGGCCGAGAAGGAAAAAUUACCACAGACUUCAUUCCUGGCGAUGAGACCAAGCCUUCAGGCACACUUUUCCAAGUCCGAUGGGAAAGAAUCAUCCUCGAUGAGGCGCACACCAUCCGCAACCCUAAAACUCAGAUCGCACAGGGUGCCUAUCAAUUGGAAGGCAAGUACCGUUGGUGCUUGACCGGGACUCCACUCCACAACAAACUGAAGGACAUCUACAGUUUGCUGUACUUCCUCAAGUUUACUCCGUUUACUAACGAGAUGGUGUGGCGGAGAGUAGCAGAGAACAAGAGCUCUGCAGGAUUGGAAAGACUGAACACAUUGAUGAAGACAAUCAUGCUGCGAAGAACAAAGGCCGAGCUUCAUGAAAUGGGCCAGCUUGAUUGUCUGCCUAGCAAGGGUGUGCAACAAGUUGAGUUGGUUCUGAGUGAGGAGGAAAACAAGAUCUAUCAGCACAUGCUCAAGAAAUCUAAAACACUGAUGGCCAAGUUUAUUUUACAACGAGCUGAGCGAAUGGUUGAUAGUGGUGAAGAUGUGUAUGCAGUUAGAAAAGCUAUGGAGCAGCUGGAAAAGGACGGCUUUGAUGUGAAGAAAGGCAUGUUCAUGGAUGGGCAAAAUGUAAAGUCCUCUCACAUCCUUGUCCUCCUUUUGAGGCUUCGCCAGAUUUGCUGCCACAUGUCUCUUGUCAAGGAUAAAUUAGACGAUGACGUAAUGGAGGCAGAGAAUAUCGAUGUCAAGGAAAACAGCUUUGAUGAUUUGGUAAAUGACAUCAACAACCUCUCCAUUGCUGGGCGAGAUGAACCAGAGGAGAAAGGUUUACUUGACUCUGAUGACCCUAUUUAUGAGGAAGACUUCGAAAGCACAAAGAUCAAAGCCACUUUGAAACUCGUGGAAGAAAUCAGAGAGAGGGAAGAGAAGGUUGUUAUUGUGUCUCAGUGGAAGAGCUUUUUGACUAUUGUGAAGUAUCACUUGCGUGCUGCUGGAUUCCGUUCAACACUGUUCUCUGGAGACUUAACCAUGGCGAAGAGACAAGAAAUCAUCUCCGACUUUAAUGAUAAGCAGGGAAGGAUCAAGGUGCUGCUGUUGUCUUUGACUGCUGGGGGUACUGGAGUCAAUUUGAUCGGAGGGAACAACUUGAUCCUCAUGGACAUCCAUUGGAACCCUCAACUGGAGGCCCAAGCUAUGGACAGAAUCUACAGAGUUGGCCAGAAGAAAGAUGUGAACAUUUAUAAGCUCAUCUGCCAACAUUCCAUUGAAUCAUCAAUUGAGAUAAUGCAGGAGAAAAAAUUGGAACUCUCUGAGGGUGUCUUGAACAAGAAGAAGAGCGUGAAGCUUGACAUUGAAGACCUUCGAGAUUUGUUCAAGAAUGCUUAAAAUAUGUACUAUACAAACUACUCAAAAUAAAUAUAACUGCAUGUUCAAAUGA